ACUCACAUACUUCUCAUUCAUUCCUUUGCGUUCUUCCGACGUUUAAAACCCAUCUCUCUCUGUCCCUCUCAUUCACUUUCUCUCACUAAACUCUGGAAUUUACCACUCCUCUGCCUAAAAUCUCAGGGUGCAAAGAUGAAUAUAUUCAGAUUAGCUGGUGAUAUGACGCAUUUGAUGAGUAUUUUAGUACUUCUUCUCAAAAUUUACGCCACGAAAUCAUGCUCAGGGAUUUCAUUGAAGACACAGGAGCUGUAUGCGGUUGUCUUUUUGGCUCGGUACUUGGAUCUGCUUACUGAUUUCUUCUCUUUGUACAAUACCGUGAUGAAAGUGGUGUUUAUUGUGAGCUCUCUGGCAAUUGUGUGGUGUAUGCGGUAUCACCGAGCUGUGAGGCGCACAUAUGAUCGUGAACUGGACACAUUUCGCCAUUACUUUCUUAUUCUGGGUAGCUUUGUCUUGGCUCUCAUUUUUCAUGAGAAAUUCACAGUUCGGGAGAUAUUUUGGGCAUUUUCAAUAUACUUGGAGGCUGUUGCAAUUCUUCCCCAGUUGGUUCUAUUGCAAAGAAGUGGGAAUGUGGACAAUCUGACUGGACAAUAUGUCUUCUUUCUUGGGGCUUAUCGCGGGUUCUACAUCUUGAACUGGAUUUACCGCUAUUUCACAGAGGCACAUUUCGGUCGAUGGAUAGCUUCCAUCUCUGGUCUCGUCCAAACAGCGCUUUAUGCAGAUUUCUUCUAUUACUACUUUCUCAGCUGGAAAAACAACGCCAAGCUUAAGUUGCCAGCAUAAAUACAAGCUUGCUCAUAAUUGAUACUUCUUCUGCUAUAAUCACUAAAAGUUUGCUGCUGACAGAACUUGCCUACAAGAUAAAACUUGUUAUCAGAUGGAAUUAUCUUGUUUGCAAAGUCAAAUUGAUUUGACAGUGUUAGAUGACGAAUCUACUAGCUUAGCUCAUACCAUCUUUCUGAUUAGUUGAAAUACCCCUGUUCAUAUCAAAGGGAAUGUUUUAAAAGUUUGUUUACAUUCCCAUAUAACGUAGAGCUGAUUGUAGAAGUUCAGAAUCAAAGGUGGAUAAUUUUUUUUCUCUGCUCCUGCAAAAUACUGAUUCUUAUUGCCACAGUUUCGACGAUGAACGAGCCUUUAGACUAAUCUUCA